AGUGUAGCGAUCCCCAUAGAGAAGAAAGCUAAAUGAAUCCCAAAGAAAGGCAGGAUCGCAUUAUGGGAUGGCAUUAGGGGCUCGCAUUAUGGGAUGGCAUUAUGGGAUGGCAUUAUGUGCGCUGCCCUGUUAAUACCUUCUUCUAAUCCUGGCUAUCCAUGUGCCCUGGAAGGGAUGUGGAAGAUGUGGAAUGGGAGGAGAGAGUCUGGCCAGUCAAUUAGGGAGGAUAGUCAUUGCCAUGCUAUUAGUUGCUGUGAAUAAUCGUGCCCUGGGAGGAGUGUGGGCUAGUUGGAUGGAUUAUAACAGUUGGAGGAAUAACCGAUGACUGCUAAGUUAGUACAUUGGCGGCGUUAGCGGAGAAUAUUUGUCACCCUGCGGACUUUUUGUUGUGUGUUGAGAAUCCGGCUGUGAUCGGAGAGGGGGUUCUGUGUUUCCCACCAUGAGUAGCCCGGAGGUGAUGGGGGGCAGAAGCUAGCAUGUGUAACUAUUGUCUUCCUCCCUCUCUCUUCCCCAGGAUCUCAAAGGGAGAGAUGCAGAGGGCGAGGAAAUGGCAGGCAGUACUGGCCAUCUCCUUAUUACUGGUCACAUCUUCAGUCCAGACCAUCAGUGAAGUGACAGCAAGCGACAGGAGAACUCUCCUAGAUCUCAUUGUGCAGGUCAUUGGGGACAGUAGCAGCAGCAGAGAAAGUGGAAAAGUCAUCACCAGGCGGUACAACGAUGGUCCUGCUUAUUCUGCCGAACAUGGCAAUCAUAGACUGUCCUCCAGGGAGAGAACAUCUCCAAAGAGCAGCAGUAAGAGACCCUCAGAACUUCUUUCCAGAGACACCCUUAGAGACAGAUUCAUAAAUCACUUUACAGGUCGGGUAGUAUUCUCACCAGAGUGCAGUAAACAGUUCUAUCGACUCUACCACAACACCAAAGACUGUUCAACACCAUCUUCUUACAUAAGAUGUGCAAGACUGCUAAAAAGAUUGGCUAAGAGUCAGUUGUGUUCACAACUCUAAAUUACUGGUAUCUGAUCUACUAAAACAGAACUCUGAUUUGCCAAGAAUGUGCCUUGAAAUCGGACAUCUAUACCAUGAUGAUCUGAGUUACUGUUUUCUUAUUAAAGCAUCUUUUUCUUUACAUUGAACAUUCCAUAGUCAUGUGAAUAAAACAUUUUUUAACACAUUGAA